GCUGGGGAGCCGAGGCGGAGGGGCCAGGGCUGCGUUCGCGGCAAAGGCGUGAAGUGUGGGCGGAGCGGGGUCGGUAGUGCAAUUCAGGGCGGGCUCUGGACUCUGAGGACAACGGCGGCCUGGGACGCGUGGCUGAGAUGGUGUCCAGAGAUCGCGCUGGCCCGGAUGAGGGGCCUGGGAGAAGGAAGACGCGAGACCUGAGAGACUUUGAGAGCGCACUGGAGCACUACCAGGCCAUCUUCCAGGCGGCCUCCCAGACCGUCCAGAAGCCGUGGGUGAUCCCGGCCCCCAAGGGGAAUGUGCAGCGGGUCUUCGGGACCAGCCAGGUGUUCCACGUGUCCAAGGAGACGAGACCGAAGGUCGCGGGGGUCUCAGUGCCCUUCAAAGUCAGGGAGUACUACUACCGAGGCCAGAGGUGCUUGCAACAGGAGGACUGGGAGCUGGCGGUGCUGUUCUGCUCCCGCGCCCUCCACCUGGACUCCGAGCUGGUGGACUUCUAUGCCUUACGGGCCGAGGCCUACAUCCAGCUCUGCGACUUCUCGUCGGCUGCCCAGAACCUUCGAAGGGCCUACUCCGCGCAGCCGGAGAACGCCGUGUACCUGGAGCGGCUCACCUUCGUGCUGUACCUGCAGGGCCAGUGCCUGUAUGAGCAGUGUGAUUUCCUGGACGCCCUGAACAUCUUCUCCCAGGCCUCCGAGCUCCAGCCCGAGAAGCCCUGCUUCCGGUACCGAUGCAUGGCCUGUCUCCUGGCCCUCAAACGCCACCAUGACUGCCUGAACCUCGCCACCAAGGAGGUGCAGCAAGGCACCAGCAACGCCGAUGUCUACGUCCUCCGGGCCAGGCUCUACAACUCCUUCCAGAAGCCCAGCCUGUGCUACCGGGACCUGCACAGCGCCUUGCUGUUGAACCCGAAGCACGUGCAGGCCAAGCUGCUGCUCAAGACGAUGGUGCAGCAGGCCCAGCAGGCCCGCCAGGACGCCGGGAUCCUGGCCGUGCAGGGCAAGCUGCAGCACGCACUGCUGUGCAUCAGCUGCGCCAUCGAGAACAACCCCCUGGACCCCAGCUUCUUCCUCUUCCGGGGCACCAUGUACCGCCGGCUCGGGCAGUUCGAUGCGGCCGUGGAGGACUUCCUGAAGGCGCUGGACAUGGUGCCCAGCAGCCUGCAGGACGUCGUGCGGCCGGCGCAGCGCCAGCUGCUGCUGACCUACAACGACUUCGCGGUGCACUGCUACAUGCAGGGCGCCUACCAGGAGGGCGUGCUACUGCUCAACAAGGCCCUCAAGGAUGAGCAGCAGGAGAAGGGGCUCUACAUCAACCGCGGCGACUGCUUCUUCCAGCUGGGCAACCUGACCUUUGCUGAGGCCGACUACCAGCAGGCGCUGGCGCUGAGCCCCGAGGACGAGGGCGCCAACAUGCGCAUGGGGCUGCUGCAGGAGAAGCUGGGCUUCUGCGAGCAGCGGCGCAGGCAGUUCCAGAAGGCAGAGGACCACUUCUCAGCCGCCAUCCAGCACAACCCGCAGCAGGCCCAGUACUACCUGUACCGGGCCAAGAGCCGGCAGCUCCUGCAGGACGUCUUCGGGGCCCGCCAGGACCUCGCCACCGCCUUGCUCCUCAACCCCAAGCUGCCAAAGCUGGUCCCGAUGAUGACCAACCUCUUCCCGGGCAUGUCGAUGGAGGACGUCCUUGGCAGCCAGAUAGGCCACCUGGCCAAAAUGCAGCUGGAGCGUCUGGUGGAGAGCAGCCAGCAGCCCAGCAGCCUGCAGGGCAUCGUGGGGCUGCUCAGGGUGCGGGAACUGGAGCGGCAGAAGGCCCAGGCCUUGAGCCUCUCCUGGAUGCGGGAGCGGUCUCUGGCGGCAACCGCGGAAGAGCCGAAGGCCGUCCCCGAGGACCUGAAGGUGGAGCCCCCACGCACCGUGGAAGAGGCCAAGGGCCCCGAGGAGGAGAAGGCGACGGAGGAGAGAGCCGAGCCCGCCACCCACAAGGUGCCGUCCAUGUCGGAAAGCUACGUGGGCCAGACCUCCUCCAGCUCCGUCCUGGGCUUCAGCACCGCGUCCACCUCGGAGACGGAGACGCCUACACUCGGCCGGGAGUACCAGAGCAGCUCUAGCACCGCCGCGGCCUCCGCGGAGUCAUCAGUGCCGAAGACCCAGUCCUCGGAGUCGGGCCAGGACCGGAAGGCCCAGAGCCCCGGCCCCGGCCCCGGCCCCGGAGGAACCCAGGCCGGCCAGGGCCGGAGCUCCGGCACUGCCGCGGCCACCCAGGGCCAGGGCAGGAGCACCAGCAGAGCCAAGACCACCCAGGGCCAGGGCAGGAGCACCAGCAAAGCCAAGACCACCCAGGGCCAGGGCCGGAGCACCAGCAAAGCCAAGACCACCCAGGGCCCUGGUGGGAGUUCCAGGAAAGUCAAGGCCACCCAGCGCCAGGGCGGGAGCACCAGGAAGACCGAGGCCACCCAGCGCCAGGGCGGGAGCGCCAGCAGGACGGAGGCCACCCAGGGUCAGGGCCAGGACCAGGCCCAAGGCGAGAGCGCCAGCAAGACGGAGGCCGCCCAGGCCCAGGGCGAGAGCACCCAGCAUCCGAGGCGGAGAUUCAGAAGGGCCAAGGCUGCCCACGGCCGGAGCUGGAGACCCAUCCCCGCCGAGGGCCAGGGCCGGGGGCUCAUGCGCAGUUCCUGCAAGGCGGAGGCUCUCCAAGACCCCGGCUGGAGCUCCGGCGAGACCCCGGUCACUCAGGGCCAGGGCCAGCAGCCCAGCAGGACGGAGGCGGCCGCGAGCUGGAGUCCAAGCACAAGCUCGAGUUCUAGCAAGGCCAAGGUCAUCGGGGACCUGAUCCCCAACCUCAGCAACACCAAGACCACCGAGGGCGCCAGCCCACACGAGGCCGGUCAGGAACCCGGCGUCACGCUGCUCCCCGAAAGGCCCAGUGACGCCCCCGAGGCUCACUGAGGCGGGGAGG